AUGAGUCUACAUAAUAAUAUAGUCGAGUUAGUUAAAAAUAAAAGGGACAUCCUAAAAGAGGAAAAGAAACAAAGAGCGAAAAGUUGUAUAUCAACAAAGUAUAGUAGUAAGGACAACAUAGAUAUGGUACAGAGAAAUACGUUAAUUAAUAAUUUUUUAAAUUGUCAAAAAUUGAUAAAAGAAAUACAAGGACUGAACAAUAUACCUCUUUCAGCAGCAACAUAUCUACUAAAAGUGGAAAUUGAUAAAAUUGAAAAAAUUCGAAAAUGUAAAAAUUGGAGCAAUGUUCCUUAUAUUUAUCAAAAAUCAGCUGAUGAAUUAGUGUUAAGAAAAAAGGAGUAUAUAAAAAAUUUAAAACAAAAAUCAUGUAAUGGUAGCACAAAUGAAAAAGUAGUACAUAGAAAGAGUAUACAUACAAAACAGGAUUCAAAUAAAACUAUUCGUUCACAUACUGUACCAGAUAGAAAAAAAAAGAAAAACAGUGAAAUCAUUUUUAAGGAUAGGCAUAUUACAUUUACCAAAGGAACAGCAAAACAGUAUAAUGCUUUGUCUAAUUUUGUAAAUACGAAAAAUAGUGUUACCUUUGUUGAAGAUGCAAAAGGGGAAAUUGAAAAGGAACAUCCUGUCCCUUACAUUGAAGAACAACCAUUUGUAAUCAGUGGAGGGAAUAGAAAAAGAAUGACGAAGAUUAGUAGACUACGUGAAGAGAACAAACUAAGACAAGGGAAAAACGUGAACCCGCCGCGAAUAGUGAAUUAUAAGGGUCAGUUCUAUGACAAUAGUCCUCAAAAUAAUAGGAAUAGUAGUGGAAGUAAUAGUAAUGGUAGAUGUAAUAGUACUGGUAGAUGUAAUAGUACUGGUAGAUGUAAUAGUAAUAAUAAUAGUAUAUGUAAUAGCAAUGAUGGACGUAAUAACAACAACCGUAUGAACAGCGGUGGGAAGGGCAGGUGCCUCUAUUUCUAUGAUAACGAUAAGGAACACCCGAAUAAUGAGCAAGGGAAACGUAGCUCCUUUUGGUGCUUAUCGGAAAAGGAGAAGACUAAUUCAAAUAUGAAUAUGAAAAACACACAAUUAAAAUUAGCAAAAGAUAUACCAAUGAAUAACUCCCCUGUAAAAUUAAAAAAAAAAUUUGAAAACAUAAAUUCUAAAGUGAAUGAUAAGUUGUCUACCAGACGUGACACAAAGGAAUAUAACAACCUUUUGACAAAAAAUGUAGAUGAUAAAAAUUUAAAGAAAUUAUCAACUACGUGUAAUUUUACUAAUAUAUCUGAAUUAGUAUAUGAAACUUGCAGAGGACAAAACUUUCUAGGAAAGGGAUGUUUUAAAUUGAAAAAAGAAAUUCAACCACAUACAAAUAAGGUCAUUCCAAAUUUCGAGAGGCACACUGUUUCUUCCUUUAUUAAAAUUUUGAGUGCUCAAAAAAAUUUACAGAAAAGAAGAUACAGUGAAAAGGCAGCUAAUAGCAUGAAGAAUAAGAAGAGUACCACUAUUAGCAAUUCAAGGAGAGCUUUUUCGGAAUGUAACAAAACUACAAGGGAAAAAUUAAAACAGCUUAGCAGGAUUGGAGACGUUAGCGCGAUUAGCAGUAUUGGUGGUAUUGGUGGUAUUGGUGGUAUUGGUGGUAUUGGUGGUAUUGGUGGUAUUGGUAUGGUACACUGGUCGAAUAAAGCUCAGAGUAACGAUAACAUGGAAGAAGAAAAUAACGAUAUGGUGUUCGACAGAUUGUGGGAAUCCAUACUUAAUAAAGAUAAUUCUGUAGAAGAUAUAAAAGAAUUUUCAAUAAAUAAAAAGUUCGAUUUGUAUCAUAUAGACUCAUUAAAUGAAAAUUACUCGUGGAUUAAAAACUUAAGAAAUUAUAGUAACUCGAAAGACGUUCAUUUCCAAAAGUUGAAAAGGAAGAAUAGUUCGAUGACAUAUCCCUCAAAACAUACCCAUUGUAAUAAUGCGAAAGGGGGUAAUAAAAAAAAAAAAAAAAAAAAAAAAAAAAUUAAGGAACGAACUUUAUAUGAAAGUGAGUCAAAGGAAGACUGUAAUGGAAACUACAAUAACGUGGACAACUUGACCGAUACUUUUUCAGACGACGAUCUAGAGGACGAUUACAAUGUCUACUACAAAAAGGGAUUCUAUUGCGGUAAUGACUACUACGCUAAAGUGUUUAGAGGAGAAGGGGUAAACGACAAGGAAAACUGGGGGGAAAAAUGGGAUGUGCAUAUCGAUAGUGCACGUCGGGUAUGUGCAAAAAAUAUGAGUGAGGAUCAACCUCGUCCCUCUAAUAUCUACCCUAGUACUCAUCUCGUUAAGCGUACACAUGGUAGUAGCAGCCCAAAUGGAAAUAGAAGUCCACAUGUUGUUACGAAGCAGCUAGUCAAGGUUACUGACAGGCCGAAGACUUCCCUACAACAGGAAGAUAAAAUGCCGUUAGACAAAAUCAGAGACCACAAAACUUAUGAAGAUUCUGAAAAGUACAACAGAAAUGAUAAUAAUAAUGAUAAUAAUAAUGAUAAUAGUAAUGAAAGUAGUAAUUAUAGUAGCAAUUAUAGUAGCAAUCGUAAUAGUAAGAAUGGGUCAGGAAAAAAUAGCGGUGAAAAUGCGCCCAAAAUUUUUGAAAUACUAAUAAACGUUCCUAAACGAGACAAAGCCAUAGGAUAUACAGAGAGUCAAUUUUAUUCUUCCGAGUUUCCUGUAACACAACAAGGAUACAUACAUACGAAGGAAGAGCAGUUCUUACUUAUCCCAGAUGAUUUUUUAAUUAGUAAAAGUAAAAAACUCAAUACCUCUAAUGACUGCGCAAAUAUAAAUACGAACAAAUGUCCUACUUUUAAUAAUAAUUUCUCAUAUAAUUAUGAGCAAAAUGUAUGUGAUAAUUUAUGUAGCCUGAACAAGUCAGGUAAUGAAAAAUAUAGUAAUAACAUAAGUAUUAAUAACCCAUUCAGAAAAGGGAAUAACAGAAGGGUUAAAAAUGUUUUUAGAAGUCAAGGUAAUUAUGAUAUAAUCCAAAAUGGAAAUCAAAAUGAGAAAGAAGGACAACACAGUUAUAGCAAUGGGUAUAGUAAUAACCAUCUAGAAAACGAUCAUAAUUUUUUUACUGGUGUAAAGAGCAGAAUGGGCUGCUUGAAUACGCAUAUGGGUAAUUCACAGAAAAGCACCACUAAUUUAAAAUCGUAUGAACAAGAUUGCGUUGAAGAGGAGUGGAAUGAUGACCUUGAUAAUAGGGGAAAAAAAGAAUGCAUAGAAAAGCUUAAAGCAACAUCAAGCGAGGAAGAAGCGGAACAUAUUUCUUGCUUAAAAAGUAUGUGCAUCCAUAAUAAUGUUCUUUUAGGGAAAGGAGAUGAACCCAAAGGGGACGAAGUACCGGCUGAUGAAGAAGCGGAUGCAUUGCUGGACGAACAAGCGGACUAUAUAGCAGAUGAAGUUAAGGACAACUUGGAAAACCAAAUAAAACCGCUAAACCGCGCAAGAGCGCGUAUAGAUGGGUACUCUCCAUUCUCUUCUGGCAAAACAGAGAAGGUGAAAAGAUUAAAAAAGCAGAGUACUAUAAGUGGGUAUAACAUAUCCUCAGGAAACAAUACAAAUGAUUUGUACAAACGCAUGAUGACAUAUCAUAAUGACAAUUCAUUUGUAGAUGUAAACAAGUCAGGAAAUCAUAUUUUCAAAAAACAAAUUUUAAACAAUGAAUGUCAAAAAAUAUUUAAUACAAGCAAUAUUAACCAUAGUAGAGGUAUAUAUGGAAAUACAAGGAAGCAGAGUAGUCUAACCACUGGUCCCAAUUCAUAUAAGGAUGAGCAUUCAUAUAUGCACCCCACUAUGAAAACUAAAAGGAUUGAUGAAGUACCGUAUAGUCAUAAUAACAGUAGUGAGGAUGGUAAGGAAAACAUUAACAAUCAUAUGUGUAAGAAGCAAUAUGACGAUAUGUGUAAGACACAUCACAACGGUGCACUGCUGAACUAUGUGCCGCUUAACGAUGUACCGCUUAACGAUGUACCGCUUAACGAUGUACCGCUUAACGACGUACCGCUUAACGAUGUACCGCUUAACGACGUACCGCUUAACGAUGUACCGCUUAACAAUGACGUAUAUUCAAUAAAUAAAGGAAACGAAGAUGAAAUGAAUAGAAGAUCGACAACUUAUAGUUAUCCCAUUUUACCCACACACUUUACAAAGGAGGAGCAUAAAAAAAAGGAAAAAAUGAAUUCGUCUUCCAUUCCAGCCUUUCAUAAUGAUUUUGUAAUGAUAAAAAAUAAAAUAGCUAUACCGAAACUAAAAUUAGAUCAGAUACAAGAUAAAAACAGAAAAAAUUUUAACUCUUAUGAAAUACAGGAAGUUUACGAAUUGAAUGAAGAUAUAUCACUUAAAGGUGGAACAAAAGAAUGUAGUCAAAUUACCAACACAAGUUGUAUAAGUAAGAACCAUUUUGAUAUAAGAAAUCCUAUCUGCUCUCCUAUAGUUAGAUGUAACAAUAUUUUCCUUACGAAUGAUGUCAAUUCUUUUUCUAAAAAAAAGAGUUACGUCCAUAAUGGUACUCAUGAAGUAUACAAUGUGCAUAAAAGAAAUACAGAUUGGUUUAAUUUAGAAAGUAAAUACAUACACAGUCUUAGUAAUUGUAAUACACCCUUGGAUGAUUCUAACAUGAAAUAUUUUUCUAAAAAUGAGGGUAAAAAAGAGGAUGGCAGUAAAGAGGACCCUGCUCUGAACAUUUUGACAGAACAAGGAACAGAGAACAAAGAUCGUCGAUCAUUUACUUCUCACAUGAAAAAUCAGCCACCAUUCAUUGAUAACAAAGAGAAUAAGGUACGCUUCUUUACAAGUGACUAUAAUCUUUACAAACCGGAUAGUGAUAUUAAUGAGUUCAAUAGACAACAAACAAAACUGGUUGAUGCAAAUAAUUUCUCGUCAAAUGAAUUAUACUUCAACAAUGUCAAUUUUGUGAAAAAUACAAAUGAAAAUCAGUACUUACCUUACCCGAGUGGUAAAGAUAUUACCAUUUCUUCUACGAACACGGGGAAAGGACUAACCAAACAUCCUAGUCAUCUUGUAACAAACAAAGUUUUCCAAAAUGUAUACAAUUAUUUCAAACGUCAUAAUAUAAAUUUUGCAGGUGAUCGAACAACCUCAAAUUGUAUGAGAAUGAGAAAUUUCAAUUGUGGUAUGAAGCAUGAAAUUUUACAGAGUAGUCCUCUGAACAACUGUUUGAAUGUUUGUGCGUUUUCUCAUAAGCAUGAUAUUGUAACUGAGCGGAAGGGAGAAGAUAAAAAAGGGGGUGAAGGUUUGGGCAACAAGAACGAUAGGAGUGAUGAGGACGAUCCGGGAGAUGACAAUGAUCGGGGUUAUGCGGAUGAUCGGGGUUAUGCAGAUGAUCGGGAUGAUGCAAAUGAUCGGGGUUAUGCGGAUGACCAGGAUGAUGGAAAUGAUCGGGGUUAUGCGGAUGACCAGGAUGAUGGAAAUGAUCGGGGUUAUGUAGAUGAUCGGGACGAUGGCAAUAAUCGGGGUUAUACGAACUAUCAUAAAAAUGGUAGCAAAAAUUAUCGAAGGGACACCAUGAACAUCUACAGAGGAACGGAAAAAAAUUCGAGAAUCUGUAAUGCUGCUUCUACAAAUGUACAUAAAAGGAGCGGAAACGUUUUACGCAAAGAUUCUACUUCUAACAUCUCGGGAGAAAAGAAUAACUGUAAAAAAUCUUAUGCUAGCAUGAUUUUAAGCUUUUUCGGAAUAGGUUAUAAUAGUAAUGGUAGAAGAAAUGGCAGUGUUAAUGAUAGACGUGAUAAUGCGAAUGUCAUAAGAAACAGCAAUUCGAAUAGCAGUGUUAAUAGCGACCGUGAGGGAACCAAAAAUGAGAGGCAGAACUGGUUUAGACACAGCUCAAAUUAUGGAACAACGAAAAUGGUAAGUAGUAAUGCGCCUAUUUGUUCAACGGGAAAUUAUCGAAACGCACUUCAACUGAAUUCGUGGAAAAAUGAUUCAUACAAUGCCGUUAAAGAAGCAAAUAAAAAAAUUAUCCCCAUCGCACAAGGGCAUAACUUUCAUCAUUCAUUAAUUCCUUUUGUAAGAUAUAAACAGAAAAAUGGUACAAGUAAAAGUACCAUUUUGGGCAUAAAUAAUACGAUAUUCUCUCCAAAUAAUAGUAUUCAUCUUACCACAUCUACUAAGGGAAAAGGAAUGGGAAUAAACUACAGAAAAGAGCGGCAUCAGGAGCGGGACAACAACAUCGGCAUUUCAUUCCCUUUUUCAAACUUAAAAGGAACGGAAAAAAGAAAUACAUACAGUCCUUCAUCUAUUCCUCUGAGCAAGGAAAGCGCCAUUUAUCACGUGAACGAGUUACCCUAUGUAAAGAACGGAAACGAUGUGGGUAACGAUGUAAUCAGGAGUAGAAGUAGUACUUACAAUAACGACAUGAGUAGAAGUAACAGUGACAAUAAUGACAAGAGUAGAGGUAGUACUUACAAUAACGAUAGGAGUACAGGUAGUACUCACAAUAACGAUAGGAGUACAGGUAGUACUUACAAUAACGAUAGGCGUACAGGUAGUACUUACAAUAACGAUAGGCGUACAGGUAGUACUUACAAUAACGAUAGGAGUACAGGUAGUACUCACAAUAACGAUAGGAGUACAGGUAGUACUUACAAUAACGAUAGGCGUACAGGUAGUACUCACAAUAACGAUAGGAGUACAGGUAGUACUCACAAUAAUGACAAGAGUACAGGUAGUACUCACAAUAACGAUAGGAGUACAGGUAGUACUUACAAUAACGAUAGGAGUACAGGUAGUACUUACAAUAACGAUAGGAGUACAGGUAGUACUCACAAUAAUGACAAGAGUAGAGGUAGUACUUACAAUAACGAUAGGAGUACAGGUAGUACUCACAAUAACGAUAGAGUACAGGUAGUACUUACAAUAACGAUAGCUUACAAUAACGAUAGGCGUACAGGUAGUACUUACAAUAACGACAAGAGAAGAGGUAGCACUUACAAUAGCAACAGAAGUAGUUGUAACAGUGAUGAUAACCAUAGUAUUAGCAAAAAUUCUAAUGGGCAUGCAGCUGGAGGGGCUCAACCCGAUCAAACGGAUUUCUUACAGACCAACCCUCUUAAUUUUAACGUUAAUAGAAGCAUUUCCGAAGAUAAAGAAGAAAUACUUGUGUCCAGAAAUAGCUUACACUAUUGUAACAGAGAAGAUAAACUUAUUAAUACAAAUAAACAAAACGAAAUGAAAAAAUGUUUAAGUGGAAAUUCGUUAAAUACGUCUAACCAUAAUGUGGAAAAUGAUCAUGUACGCAAAGAUUUUUACUACAAUAGUGUCACUACAAUAGAUGCAAAUGCUGCUCGACAGGAAGUGGAUAGAUGUAGUGGCAUCCAACAAGUACGUAAAAGUAGCAUCACUCGACAAGAAGCGGACAGAUGUAGUGGCAUCCAACAAGUACGUAAAAGUAGCAUCACUCGACAAGAAGCGGACAGAUGUAGUGGCAUCCAACAAGUACGUAAAAGUAGCAUCACUCGACAAGAAGCGGACAGAUGUAGUGGCAUCCAACAAGUACGUAAAAGUAGCAUCACUCGACAAGAAGCGGAUAAACGUAGUGAAACCACACAUGAAUAUGAUGAAGUAACUCCUAAACAUCUGAAUUAUGAAGAACUAAAAAAAGGUAGAGUCGAAACGUACCAAGACCAAUAUUCAACAGAUAUAUCAGAGAGGAAGUCCAUUGACUUAUCGGGUAAAAUGGCAUCAAAUAAAAUGGAAGAACCGUUCAACCAAAAUAUUUUUAUGAACAAUAAUUUUACAAAUGAAGGAAAAGUUAUACCACUCAGUGUAUGUACGAAUAAGCAGUUGCAUACACAACAAAUUAUUAGUAAACAUGCCUUGGUGCAUAAUAAUCAGAUUAACUCUUCUGAAUGCUCGAAAAUGAAAAAUAAUAUAAAUAAAAUAAAAUAUAUUGGGGAUUAUUCUACUCCUCCAUUUGAUCAAAAUUUUAAGGAUUACAACAAACUGAUAAAUAUAGAAAAUUACAAAAAUGAAGAAAUUUGCAAAAAUUAUGACUUCGCUGUAGAAACACUAACAGAUAACUCCAUCCUCAAACGAAAAAGAAUUAACACCUUGGUAAAUCCAUACGAGAAAAGAAACAAAGUAGAUGUAAACGACAGUUCAUGGAAUAGACAUAUAGAAGAAGGUAAAACAUCUCAAGGACGUUUAUCUUGUUUGAGCAACUCGCCAUUUCAUUUGAAAUAUUUUCAAGAACACAGGCAGGUUAAAAGAGGGGAGGAAGAGGGGGAGGGGGAAAGAGAAACGGAUGAUGAGGAGGGAAAAGAGGAGGAAAUAGAAAAGUUACAAAUAAAAGGAGAUGAAGAAGAAGCGGAAGAGGUGGAAACGGAAAUAGAAGUAGAAAAUGAGGAUGAAGAAGUUGAAAAUGAGGAUGAAGAAGUUGAAAAUGAGGAUGAAGAAGUUGAAAAUGAGGAUGAAGAAGUUGAAAAUGAGGAUGAAGAAGUAGAAAAUGAGGAUGAAGAAGUAGAAAAUGAGGAUGAAGAAGUAGAAAAUGAGGAUGAAGAAGUAGAAAAUGAGGAUGAAGAAGUUGAAAAGGAAGAUGAAGAAGACGAAGAAGUUGAAGAGGAAGACGAAGAAGACGAGGAUGAUGAAGAAGGUGAAGAUGAUGAAGAAGGUGAAGAUGAUGAAGAAGGUGAAGAUGAUGAAGAAGGUGAAGAUGAUGAAGAAGGUGAAGAUGAUGAAGAAGGUGAAGAUGAUGAAGAAGGUGAAGAUGAUGAAGAGGGUGAAGAUGAGGAUAAUGAAAAAGACGAGGAUGAUGAAGAAUACGAGAAUAAUGAAGAAGAAGAAGAUUAUGAAGAAGACGAAAAUAAUGAAGAAGAAGAAGAUUAUGAAGAAGACGAAGAAGAAGAAGACGAGGAUGAUGAAGGUGAAGAUGAUGAAGAGGGUGAAGAUGAGAAUAAUGAAAAAGACGAGAAUAAUGAAGAAGAAGAAGUAGAAGAAGAGGAUGAUGAAGAAGAAGAAGAAAAUGAUGAAAAAGACGAGAAUAAUGAAGAAGAAGAAGAAGAAGAAGUAGAAGAAGAGGAUGAUGAAGAAGAAGAAGAAGAAAAUGAUGAAAAAGACGAGAAUAAUGAAAAAGAAGAAGAUUAUGAAGAAGAAGAAAAUGAUGAAGAAGAAAAUGAUGAAGAAGACGAGGAUGAUGAAGAAGAAGAAGAUAAUGAAGAAUAUGAGAAUGAUGAAGAAGAAGAAAAUGAUGAAGAAAACGAGGAUGAUGAAGAAGAAGAAGAUAAUGAAGAAUAUGAGAAUGAAGAAGAAGAAGAAGAUAAUGAAGAAUAUGAGAAUGAAGAAGAAGAAGAAGAAGAAGAAGCGCAUAAAAAUUGUUACCCCCGAAGUAGCAGCAACGUUGAGUAUCGGAAACGCAUAGGCGAAACAGGAACAGACAAUCGCAAUACAACACUCAGUAUACUACAUGGUAAAAUUGAAAAAGGCAUAUGCCCCUCAGAAAGUGCAAUGGAUUUUGACAAUUCGAAUAAAAAUAGUAAUGCUUUUAAUUACCUGAACAACAGUUCAGGUAAAAUAUUUUCAUUCUCUCAGUCAUCCAAAAAAAUGUCACACGACUCUGAAUUAUUGCAUACAAAAAAUAGCUUAAGAGUAGUAGAAAAUUAUGACUCUAAUUAUAAUAUGAAAAGAAGUCCAUUUCAAACUAAUUCAAAUAAUAAAGCAAGUGGAUGUAAUGAAAUGAAAAUAUUAAAAGAAAGCUUCAUUUCAUCAUCUAGGAACGUAAAUGGUGAAAACGAAAAAAAUAUACUAUUCACAGAUAUAUCGACUAAAAAUUUUAAUAGUGAAAAAUUUCCUCCUCAUAAUAAAAUUGUAAACAGUGAUAUAAUUAAUGAUGAUUACAAUUAUAAAUAUUCUUAUGCGGAUGAACAUAAAGGAGCCACGUACAAAAUUGUGAAAGAUCUCAACGAAAAGACAAUGUCUGAUGCAGUUUUGAGUAACCGCAGGAUUGACAAAGACAGUAGUUUUGAUUACAACAGCUGUGAUAACAGACAUGAUCGUAAUGGUUGUGAUAAGAAUGGAUAUGACAAUAGCAACUCACACGAACACUUGGUCAAGAGUGAGAAGCAAUUAGGAUAUUGUAAAGAAAACAAUGAAGAAUUAAAAAAGAAGUUACAAGAGCAAAUACUUAUACAACGAGGUCUCUUAAAAAUAAAAGAGCAGCAGCAGGUAUACCUAGAAUUGUUGAAAAAGAAUAAUAUGGAAAAUGAAAAGGAGAAAAUGUAUGCUCAGAACGAGUUCUUCGAAAAAGUAUAA